GUACAGAUUUUUAGACCGGAGUCAGCAAUCACGGGUGUUUAGUCUGCAGCGGAGCAGAGAAAGGGAGAAAGAAUCGCUCCGGAAAGGCACGCUGCAGACUCCGGCUGCCCGCUACAGACGGAUUCCAACGAGAACGCGGACCUCGCAGAGGUGACACUGGCCGCUUGGCUGGAGAGGACGGCGGCCAAACCCACGCAAGGACUGGACUUCGGGAGGGCCGAUAGCGGGAAGUCGAGACACGGUGUGUAUGAGACAAAAGUUUGCGAGCUAUUAAUUGCUGUGCUGUGUUAAGAGACGCUUUCAAGUUUCAAGUGCCAAAUGUCGCUUAGCUUUAAGUUGCCAAAGGAAGUUGAGGGAAUUGCUUUGCUGUUUUAACUUGUUCUGCUAGGGGAAUCUCAGAGAUUGACCAAUGCACCCCAUGAAUACUAAAAUGCACUUUAGAUUUGUUUUUGCACUGCUAAUAGCAUCUUUCAACCACGAUGUACUGGGCAAGAAUUUGAAAUACAGGAUUUAUGAGGAACAGAGGGUUGGAUCAGUAAUUGCCAGACUAUCAGAGGAUGUGGCUGAUGUUUUACUGAAGCUCCCUAAUCCUUCUGCCGUUCGCUUUCGAGCCAUGCAAAGGGGACAUUCUCUACUCGUGGUGAAUGAGAACACCGGGGAGAUCAGCAUAGGGGCUACGAUCGACCGCGAGCAACUAUGCCAGAAAAACUUGAACUGUUCCAUAGAGUUUGAUGUGAUCACUCUACCCACAGAGCAUCUGCAGCUUUUCCAUAUUGAAGUUGAAGUGCUGGAUAUUAAUGACAAUUCUCCCCAGUUUUCGAGAUCUCUCAUACCCAUUGAGAUAUCCGAGAGUGCAGCAGUUGGGACGCGUAUUCCUCUGGACAGUGCAUUGGAUCCAGAUGUUGGGGAAAAUUCCCUCCACACGUACUCCCUCUCUGCCAAUGAUUUUUUUAAUAUCGAGGUUCGGACCAGGACGGAUGGAGCCAAGUACGCAGAACUCAUAGUGGUCAGAGAGUUAGACCGGGAGCUGAAGUCAAGCUAUGAGCUCCAGCUCACUGCCUCUGACAUGGGCGUGCCUCAGAGGUCUGGCUCAUCCCUACUGAAAAUAAGCAUUUCGGACUCCAAUGAUAACAGCCCUGCUUUUGAGCAGCAGUCUUAUAUAAUACAACUCUUAGAAAACUCUCCUGUUGGCACUUUACUCUUGGAUCUGAAUGCCACUGAUCCAGAUGAGGGCGCUAAUGGGAAAAUUGUAUAUUCUUUCAGCAGUCAUGUGUCUCCUAAGAUUAUAGAGACUUUUAAAAUUGAUUCAGAAAGAGGACACUUGACCCUGUUCAAGCCAGUGGAUUAUGAAAUCACUAAGUCCUAUGAGAUUGAUGUGCAAGCUCAAGAUUUGGGGCCAAAUUCAAUCCCAGCUCAUUGCAAAAUUAUAAUCAAUGUGGUGGAUGUUAAUGACAAUAAACCUGAAAUUAACAUAAACCUCAUGUCCCCCGGGAAAGAAGAAAUAUCUUAUAUUUUUGAAGGGGAUCCUAUUGAUACAUUUGUUGCAUUGGUCAGGGUACAGGACAAAGAUUCUGGGCUGAAUGGAGAAAUAGUUUGUAAGCUUCAUGGACACGGUCACUUUAAACUCCAGCAGACCUAUGAAAACAAUUAUUUAAUCUUGACCAAUGCUACACUGGAUAGAGAAAAGAGAUCUGAAUAUAGCUUGACUGUCAUUGCUGAGGACAAGGGGACACCCAGUCUCUCUUCAGUGAAACAUUUUACUGUUCAAAUCAAUGAUGUUAAUGACAAUCCACCCCGCUUCCAGAGAAGCCGCUAUGAGUUUGUGAUCUCAGAGAACAACUCUCCAGGGGCAUAUAUCACCACAGUGACAGCCACAGAUCCUGAUCUUGGAGAAAAUGGGCAAGUGACAUACACCAUUUUGGAGACUUUUAUUCUGGAAAGUUCCAUCACUACAUAUGUGACCAUUGAUCCAUCUAAUGGAGCCAUCUAUGCCCUCAGAAUCUUUGACUACGAGGAAGUGAAUCAGAUCACUUUUGUGGUAGAAGCAAGAGAUGGAGGGAGUCCAAAGCAACUUGCAAGCAACACCACUGUUGUGCUGACCAUCAUUGAUGAAAACGACAAUGUUCCUGUGGUCGUAGGGCCUGUGCUACACAAUAAUACUGCAGAAGUCUCCAUCCCCAAAGGGGCUGAAAGUGGCUUUCAUGUCACAAGAAUAAGGGCAAUUGAUAGAGACUCUGGAGUAAAUGCUGAACUCAGCUGCUCCAUAGUAGCAGGUAAUGAAGAGAGCAUCUUCCUGAUUGAUCCACGAUCCUGUGAUAUCCAUACCAACGUGAGCAUGGACUCGGUGCCCCACAUGGAAUGGGAGCUCUCAAUAAUCAUCCAGGACAAAGGCAAUCCUCAGCUGCAUACCAAAGUCCUCCUGAAGUGCAUGGUCUUCGAAUAUGCAGAAUCUGUGACAAGCACAGCAAUGACUUUAGUAAGUCAGGCAUCCUUGGAUGUCUCCAUGAUUAUAAUUAUUUCCUUGGGAGCAAUUUGUGCAGUGCUGUUGGUUAUCAUGGUGCUAUUUGCAACAAGAUAUAACCGGGAAAAAAAAGACACGAGGUCCUACAACUGCAGGGUGGCCGAAUCUACUUACCAGCACCACCCGAAAAGACCAUCCAGGCAGAUCCACAAAGGGGACAUCACGUUGGUGCCCACCAUCAAUGGCACUCUGCCCAUCAGAUCUCAUCACAGAUCAUCCCCAUCUUCAUCUCCAACCUUAGAAAGAGGGCAAAUGGGCAGCCGACAGAGUCACAACAGUCACCAGUCACUCAACAGUUUGGUGACAAUCUCAUCGAACCACGUGCCAGAGAAUUUCUCAUUGGAGCUCACUCAUGCCACUCCUGCUGUUGAGGUCUCACAGCUCCUUUCAAUGUUGCACCAGGGGCAGUAUCAGCCAAGGCCAAGUUUUCGAGGAAACAAAUACUCCAGGAGCCAUCGAUAUGCCCUUCAAGACAUGGACAAAUUUAGCUUGAAAGACAGUGGCCGUGGUGACAGUGAAGCAGGAGACAGUGAUUAUGAUUUGGGGCGAGAUUCUCCGAUAGACAGGCUGCUGGGUGAAGGAUUCAGUGACCUGUUUCUGACAGAUGGAAGAAUUCCAGCAGCCAUGAGGCUGUGCACAGAAGAAUGCAGAGUCCUGGGACACUCUGACCAGUGCUGGAUGCCACCGCUGCACUCUCCCUCCUCUGAUUAUAGGAGCAACAUGUUCAUUCCAGGGGAAGAAUUCCCAGCCCAGCCUCAGCAGCAGCAUCCCCACCCUAAUCUUGAGGAUGACGGCCAGCAUGCAGAAACUGGGGAGAAGAAAAAGAGUUUCUCCACCUUUGGGAAGGACUCGCCAAAUGAUGAGGACACAGGGGACACCAGCACCUCCUCCCUGCUCUCAGAAAUGAGCAGCGUGUUCCAGCGCCUCCUGCCCCCCUCCCUGGACACAUAUGCUGAGUGUAGUGAGGUGGAUCCGUCCAACUCUUUGGAGCGCCGGAAGCCACCACCGGUGCCGGCUAAAACUGCAGGAUACCCACAAGGGGUGGCAGCGUGGGCAGCCAGCACACACUUUCAGAAUCCCACCACCAGCCCUGGGGCACCCCUUGGAACUCACUCCAGUGUGCAGCCUUCUUCCAAGUGGCUGCCAGCCAUGGAGGAGAUCCCUGAAAAUUAUGAAGAAGACGAUUUUGAUAAUGUGCUCAACCACCUCAACGACGGGAAGCAUGAACUCAUGGAUGCCAGUGAGCUUGUGGCUGAGAUUAACAAGCUGCUUCAAGACGUUCGCCAGAGCUAGGGGAUUUCUACAAAGCAGUUUUGUUUCCAUGUAUGGAAAUAGGGAACAGGAAAAACCCUGAAAGAACUGGCUCUGCCAAAUAGUUGCAUUUAUCAUAAAUGUGUCUGUGUAUAUUGAAUAUUAAAUACUGUAUUUUCGUAUGUACACAAUGCAAGUGUGAUUAUUUUAAUCUGUAUUUUAAAAAUACAUUUGUACCUUAUAUUUAUGUGUAAUUUAACAAACAAAUUUUAUUUUUUUACUCCCAUGACAAACACGUCUCUCCUGUUCAUGUAGAAACUAGCCAUUGUUUAAGUCUGAUAUAUAUUCAACCACAAAGAUAAAGGUACUGCCUAGACUAGUUAAGUUGGGGUAGAAUAACUAUGCUCUGCAAACAACCUCACUAAUGCAUUAUACAAUUCUUAGUUCCAUUAAGUGACCCAACUUAUUUUGCCAUACUUUAAAACAUUAACCUUAACAUAUUUAACUAUGUUUUAAUUAUUGCUUUUAUUAGUGUCUGCUAGCUCCAAUAGCUCACCUCUAACAGCAAAAUUAAAGAACGAAGUGCAAUUCUAUCUUAGCAUUGGGAAGCAUCUUCAGGAAGGUAUCCGAGCUGAUGGUCGAAAUGAAUUUUUCACAAUGAUAUACACAGGACUAAAGUCAGUGUUUCCAGACUCCCAGGUCCCUUUUAUUGCACGCUACACGCUGGUCUGACCUCGAGAGUGUUUAUUCUACAAUAUUGUAAUCUACUUCCUAUGAGGGGAAAGUGAUUCCCUUCCAAUUUUGUAACAUGUGAUGUGAUUCAAGGGAAUGGAUUCUGUCCUUUGAAUGGUUAGCAGUGUGUAUUCAAAUAGUGUGGAGUGUUAGUGCACAGCUAUGCCAGUGUCCCUCCUAGGGUAGUAAAUAUACCUGUUUUCUUUUGAAACCAUUCUGUUUUAAUCUCUCCUUCUUUCCUCCUAAUACUUGAACAUUUUUAUCUUCUGCAUUAUUUUUGUUUUGCUACAACUAUUCACUUUUAGCUUUUGUCUCCUGUGCAUGAUCUUAUAUUUUUGCUUGCAUUUUAGAACAUUUAUAAUGCCACAAUUUUUGUAUCACGAUUUCGUAUUAUUUCUUGUGUGACAAAUGAGAAUUUAUUUAUUGUGCUGUUAUCUCUCUGUGGAAUGCCUUUGGUGAGAGAGGUCCUUAUUAUGACUAUUAUCAUUUGUGAUCAAACUUCUAUUAAUGUUAUUUCUAUUAAUACACUAUCUUGAUUGUACUCUCCAAAAAAUUUUACUGUCAUGAAAAUAAAAAGAAAAUUAAAGUAAA